AUUGCGGCCCAUCAUAUCUGGUGCGUCUCUUCUUGAUAACAUUACGCUGUUAUUGCUAUACAUACUCUAUAUAUACACAUUUUACUAUUAUUACUAGCUAUACGUCCUAUCUACUACAACACCAGCAACCUAUAAGCCUUCUUUAGAUUGAUGUACAUUUCCUAUAUCGCAUCUACUCUGUUCUACUAUUACAACCACUAUCACAAGUGCGCUGUGUGCAGCAACAUCAUCAAUCAUUACCACCGAAUGACCAUCCAAUCCACCACUCUUCUCUCUCACGAUAUCGUCGUCUGUACUGUUUUACUUGGAACAUACUCUCCCACCCCUCUAUCAUCUAUCACGACGGCGAACGAAACAGAACGGAUCUUAUCGAUGAUAGUGUUGUGUUAUCAUGUGCACAAAUGUUUUUACUCUUAUUGUUGUUGUUGCCUGUACACACAUACAUCAGUUACCAUACACAGACAUGUAUGACACUCCUGGGCGUAUUCUUUUUUUCGUGUGUAUGAUUAUCUUCU